UUGUUUUUGUUGGGCGACGGCAAAUGAGCAGCAAAGUGUCCGAAGUGACCAAGAAGUGACGUUUUGCAAUGAAAUUUGCCAAUAAACAAGCAAAUUUUAUGCAAUUUUUCAGCCCUAAUAGUUUUACGCAGUAAUCCACGACUGAGAAUUAUCUAAUGUGACGGAGAGCAAGGCAUCAAAGUCGAGAAAUGGAGCUGACGAAUAUUUUGCUGUUGAGCCAAAUUGCUGGCUAUUCAGUCGCUCUCACUCUUUCGUUUUGUCUUGCAGUUCCAAUGUCUCUUCACCAAAAUGAUUUCAAGGGACACUGUCUGUUGUUUUCGACUGGCAAAUGGCAAGAGACGGACGGCCAGUUCAACGUCACCUGGGCUUCCACGGGAUUCUGCAGCUAUCCCAUUGCACUUGCGGUCCUGGUCUUUGGAAUCUGCGUCAUCCAACUGUACAGAAUGUCUGUGUUUUACUACAGAGGAACUGACAGUUCCUUUCUGUCAGCAUUUAUAGAUGUGGUUGUCUCCAUUGCUAUGUGUCUUCUUAAUUUAGCGUCGGCUUUAAUUGUCACUCUUGGCUUCAUUACUUGGUGUAGAGACAUGACCGAGAGAUUCCCCUCGUGUGAAAUAGCAGCCGGCAACAACAUCGAUCAGAAGGACGAAAUCAACACAAUUAAUUUCUACAUCCAAAUGGGAACUGCCCAGUUUGGAGCAUGGGCCUUGUGGGCAAGUUGGGUCGGAUUAGCCGUUCUGGCCAUGGUCAAGUUGUGUCAGUACCACCAGAUGGAAAAUGUGCGCGUCAGCAUGUACAUUGAAAGGCAGAGACUGAUAAACGAAGGGCAAAAUUAAUUGUAUUUAAUAUUUAUCAAAAAAUCAAGGUUCGAAACUUGGCAUUGAACGAGACUGCUGUGAUUGAAUUUUUUGUUCGAAUUUCGAAUUACAUUGCAUAAAAAGUCUGUAGCCCCAAAGCUAAAUAGGAAUUGUAUUAAAAAUUAAUUUUAUCAUCUAUAUUACAUAACAAUAAAA